CUCUAUGGCAGUACAAAAAAAAGUUUAUUGAAUGUUAGCAAAAUUUCCAAAAAAUUGUUUUUGAAUAGAUUAUUUACAGAAAAUAAUGGCAAGUAUAGAAUUGGAUAUAUGGAAAGGAGAGUGGGGUCUGGCUUCGAUUGAUUCAGAAUGUCUUAAAGUUUUAACCUAUAUGAAAUUUAUCGGAGUGCCAGUAAAAGUGCGGGAAUCAAACAAUCCAUUUUUCACACCCAAAGGCAGGCUACCAGUCAUGCGCGAUGGGCGCACCGUCCUUACUAAUUUUGAAGAAGUUGUUGAUCACUUAAAAACCUUGCAUUACAGCACAGAUGUCCAUUUAAACACCAAGCAGGCAGCCGAAGCCAGUGCCUUUACCCAGUACCUGAGCGAGAAACUUUACCCCGCAUACCAGUUUGCGUGGUGGGUGGAUGAGACAAACUAUGCAGAUUUGACUCGGCCAACAUAUGCUAAGGCUCUGAGAAUUCCCUUCAAUUUCUACUAUCCCUCCAGAUAUCAAACAGCAGCUAAAGAGAUGGUUGAUGCACUCUAUGGAGAACAUACAGACCUUAAAGAAAUAGAAAAAACAAUAUACAGUGAAGCAGAAAAGUGCCUUAAAACCCUGUCAGACAGGCUCGGAGAGAGUGAAUACUUCUUCGGUAAUCGGCCCUCCUCAUUUGAUGCCACUGUGUUUGCAUACCUCGCUCCUCUAGUCAAAGCUCCCUUCCCAAAUGCAACGCUGGCUAAUCAUGUUAAAGGCAUUGCUAACCUCACGAGGUUUGUUGCGAGGAUUAAUCAGAAGAACUUCAGACAGGUUACUGAUGAAUACAACAGACUGAACGCAAAGCAGCAGUCAACGGGCACGCAGUCUGACCGCGAGGCAGCCAACUUUCCGCAUCAGACCCGUAACAAGCUAAUGGCGGCGCUGUUCGCCGCCAUCGCUAUGACGGGCUACGCCGUGGCCAACGGCAUGUUCCAGGAUCUGAAAGAUUUCGAACACUCCCAAGACUACAGCGAGAUGUUUGAGAAUGACGAAGACGACAACUGACGCGCGUGGGAGCGCUAGCGGCGCCGGCGACGCCCUAGCAUCCGCUCUUACCGGCUCCUGCUGCAUUAGUCAACUCGUAUAUUAGUAUAUACUUUACCACGCCAACUCUGUCAGUACACAAAGGCGCGAUUUAAAUUAGUAUAAGUGAUCAAAUUUACCGCCAUUUUCAAAGCUGGUUUGGUAGAGUACCUAUAAGUUGAAAACAUAACAAGUGCCCUUCAUCUAUGUCGGUCUUGACACUAGAUAUGUGUCCACAAGGGUGUGUAGUGACACAUAGCAGUCUCACUCACACAUGGGAGCGGUGAUAAUGAUGUCAAGGUAAUCAGUGCGUGCGAGGUAACUGUGCGCAAAAAAAGGGUAAAAUGCCUAACUGAUCUGAAAAGAAGAAGGAAAAAACUUGUUUUUCAUAAGAUGCAAAAAUUGGAAACCACUGGCAGCUCAAGCACACAGAACACACGUAGAGUUAGACCAAGCUAAGUUGGCAGCGAUGUUGACAGCCCAGACUGUGCCAGUGUUAUUUUAAACGUCGAGCUUCUAUGAAAUUAAGACAUGUAAAUAACACUUGCACAUUCUGGGCUAUCAAAAUGGCUGCCAACUUAGCUUGGUCUAACUCUACUUUUGUAUGCUAUUGGGGAUAUUAUUAUAGUAAGUAUUUCUUUAGUUACGAGCUUUCUUAUUAUUUCAACAUAGAUAAAAGGCACUUCUUAAGUUUUUGUGCUAUUAGAGCUUUCGUCAACGAUUUUGCAAAGCAAUAAUUGAUAUAAUGGGGUAUAUGAUGAUUGAUGUGUGAUGAUUAUUAAAAUGGAUCUUUAUGUUACAAGUCAAAUGAGCAGCCGAAGUCAAGUCAAUUUUAGUUCCUAUAAUCAUUUGUUUUAUUCGACAUUAUCGGGUAUUCAUUCAAAAUUUAAUAUACCAGUCAGUAUGUUUUUGUCAAACAGUCUAUAUGUUUGGUUUUAAAGGAGAUUACUUAUCUGUCGUUACACUCCAUAUUUUUACUAUUUUGUUGUUUAAC